GCCACUCUAUCGCUUGCUUACAAGUCAGUAGGAGUUGUGUUUGGAGGGCUUGUGACUUCACCGCUUUAUGUGUACCCUUCAAUGGCAUUAAAGUCUCCAACUGAAGAAGCCUAUUUGGGAAUCUACUGCAUCAUGUUCUGGACUCUUAGUUUAAUUGGUGUUGUCAAGUAUGCUUGUAUAGCUUUGAAAGCUGAUGAUCAGGGUGAAGGUGGUACAUAUGCUCUAUAUUCACUACUUUGCAGGCAUAUGAACAUUGGAGCCAUUACUUCGACUGGUGUCAGUUCACCAUCAAGUCAAUCACAUGAUAAUAGUUUGCAUCAAAGCUUUAAAAAGUCAAGUAGACUUGGGAUGUUUAUUGAGAGGAGUCUGAUUGCUAGGAGGAUUUUAUUUUUCAUAGCAACACUCGGCAUGUGUAUGUUAAUCGGUGAUGGAAUACUCACCCCUGCUAUCUCAGUGUUGUCAGCAAUGGAGGGCAUCAGGGUUCGUUUUCCAAAGUUCAGCAAAUCUCUGGUAGAAGCCCUCUCUGCAGCAGUUCUUAUUGUUUUGUUUUUGCUACAAAAGUAUGGUACUGCACGAGUAAGCUUUCUGUUCUCCUCCAUCAUGGGUGCGUGGAUGUUGAGGACUCCCCUUAUUGUGGGAGCGCGUGACUGCGUUUUGGAGCCUACUACUCUCACAAAGACUAUGGAUGCAAGUGGGAGAGUGCCUAUUAUUGCUUCAACUGACCAUAGGAUACUCAUUGGCCGUAGCCUUCCUCAAGAUUUUCGAUCCGUAGGCUACUUGAUUACAGCAGCUCGAUCCGUAGGCUACUUCUCCGAUUUGUAG